CACCAGUGCUUGCACGGAAAUUGGCACAGUGAAAACCUCCCUUAAAUAACCACCACUGUUACCACUAUAAAAAAACAAAAAAAUAUGACACAGUGGAAUUCUGUAUGAUUAUUAUUAUCCCAUGUGUCCUAAAGGUGCUCUCUCAUAUUAUUGCGUCAUUCACUAAAAAUUGAACAGUUGUGAAAUUUUUUCAUUGAGAGAAUUAAGUGAUAACAAAAAAAAAAAGAAAAAAAGAAGAAGAUGGCACCAAAAAAUAAAGAAAAUACAAAUUUAAAUAAAAAAAAAAAUACAAGUUGUGAUGAGGAUGGUGAUAGUGAGGAUUAUCGUAGAAGAAGAGAUAGAAAUAAUCAAGCUGUUAAAAGAUCACGUGUUAAAAGUAAACUUAAAACACAACAAACACUUGAACGUGUUAAUCAAUUAAAAACUGAAAAUGAAUUAUUAGAAGAAAAAAUAAAAAUGCUUACUAAAGAAUUGGGAUUUCUUAAAGAUUUAUUUUUAGCACAUGCAGGAUCAAAUCAACAUACAACACCAAAUCUUCAAGAUUUAGAUUUAAAUGCACUGUUGGCAGAUGAUUCAAAAUCAAAUGACCAAAAAAUCAUGAAAUUUUAAUUAAAGAUUUUUUUUUAAAUGUUUUAUUCUUUGUGAAUACAUCAUUAUUUUAAUGUGAUUAUUAUCAAAUUUAAAAGAUUUGUUGGACAUCUUGGAAAGAUUCCAACUCUAAUUAUUUUGCCAGGCAUGACUAUUAAAUAUUUAUGAUGAUAAAAAACAAAAAAAAAAAAAUAAUGAUUAAUAAUUAAAUCCUACUUUCUUUUUUAUUUUAAAAUUAAAAAAAAAAAAAAACAUAUUAUAAAUUAAAUUAAUCAAUAUAAUUUAAAAUAAGCAUUCCACAUUUUUUAAAAAUAAAAAACAAAAAAUACUCUUAAAAUGUGGAAUAGCAAAAUUAAAUUUAAUAAAUCAUAAAAUUAAUUUAAAAAAAAAAAAUUAUAUUUAAUUUCUUAAUAAAAAUAUAAUAAUGUAAAAAAAAAAAAACAAGUACAAAUUAAAUAUGAAUUUUAUAAAUCAUUGUAAAAAUAGUAUUUCCUUAAAAAAAAAAAAAAAA